AUGGUCCGUAUCCGGAUCGCCGCGCUCAACGCCAGCUCGGCCGUGGAGGACGACGACGCCGCCGAGGGGACCCUCAAGAGCCACAAGUCGCAGACCAAGGAAGCGCAGGAAGCAGAAGCCUUUGCCCUCUAUCACCAAGCGCUGGACCUUCAGAAACAUGACCUCUUUGAAGAGUCGGCCAAGGCCUACCACGAACUGCUGGAGACUCGUCUGUUGCGCGAAGCAGUUGCAGCUGGAGAUGAGAGAGAGGGGUUGAAGCAUCCAGGCUUGAUGCUGAAAUAUUCAACUUACAAGAACUUGGCCCAGCUGGCUGCCCAACGAGACAACAUCGAGACGGCUAUGGAGUUCUACCUGGAGGCUGUGAUGCUUGACUCCACGGAUGUCAACCUAUGGUAUAAAAUUGGCCACGUGGCUCUCCGGCUUACUCGCCUACCCCUGGCGCGGCAUGCUUUUGAAGAAGGGCUUGCCUGUAAUCCGGAUCAUUGGCCUUGUUUAGAUAACCUCAUCACCGUCCUCUACACCCUCAGCGACUACACAACGUGCUUAUAUUUUAUUUGCAAAGCACUGGAAAGAGAUAACUAUUACAGCAAAGGACUUGUUAUUAAGGAGAAGAUCUUUGAGGAACAGCCAUGCCUCAGAAAGGACUCCUUAAGGAUGUUUCUGAAAGGUGACCUGUCAGUGUGUGAUGUGCCUGUGAGUGCAUCAGAAACACAAACAAUCCUGGAGGAAGCCCUGGAGCUGCGCAGGAAAAGGCAGGCUUUGAUGGCACGGAAGACUGAGCCAGAUCUCAAGCUUGCCCAGCCCAUCUCUCUGUUCACGUGGAAAACUCUAGGAGAGAGUCUGAUGGCCACUUACCUGCAUCUCACAACUUGUGAGCUGCCUCGUCCAAGCUUGGGCAAGCGAAUUGAUCUCUUGGAGUACCAAGAUCUGAACCAGCACCUGGAGAGCCAUGCAAAUUCAGCCCCCGUCACUGUUCUUCACCCCAGCCCUGUCAGUUCCAACCCACUGGUGCCUUUGGCUGAACCACUCCUCACGUAUACACCACUGACUCCCAACUUCCCCAGUUUGACUGUACUGGAAUCAGUAAACUCUGCAGGUGAUCCUUCUGUGGGUGACAAAUCUAAGAAAGGAUUAAAACGGAAGAAGAUCACGGAAGAGAGUGGUGAAACAGCGAAGAGGAGAUCAGCUCGAGUCAGGAAUACCAAGUGCAAAAAAGAAGAAAAAGUCGAUUUCCAGGAGCUGCUAGUAAAAUUCCUUCCUUCUCGCCUGAGGAAGCUGGAUCCAGAAGAAGGCCCAUUCAACCACUAUGAGAUCCAAAGCACAGCAAAGGAAGAGAAUUCCCAGCCCCUGGGCUCCCAUAGGAUAUCCCUCGAGCUGACAGUCUGCAUAGAAUCUGAGAAGCAGGAUGUUCAUAAAUUCCUCUUGGCUAAUUUGAACAACGGAGGCAUCCUGGAACUGAUGAUGAGAUACCUGAAAGUCAUCAGCCAGAGGUUCCUGGUCAAGUGGCCACCAGGCUUGCCUGAGCUUGUCCUGAAUAUCUACAACAAUUGGAGAAAGCACAGCAGCAGCCUACCCAACCCACUAUUAAGGGACUGCCGCAAUCAACACAUCAGGGAUAUGAUGCUGAUGAGCCUGUCCUGCAUGGAACUGCAGCUGGAUCAGUGGUUGCUGGCCAAAGGGAAGAGCUCCACAGUAUCUCCCAGGAAUGGUCCCUCAGCCAGUUCGGCGAGUGGCAAAUUUGGCCCAGACUUUCCAGGCACCCACUUCUUGGGGGAUCUGCUGCAGCUCUCAUUCGCUUCUUCCCAGCGGGACCUCUUUGAGGAGAGUUGGCUGCAGUUUGCCGUCCGAGUGUAUUGGCUGAAAGCUCGGUUUCUGGCUCUGCAGGGUGAAAUGGAGCAGGCCCUGGAAAACUAUGACGUCUGCACAGAGAUGCUUCAACAUUUUGCUGCCGUGGAAGCCGCGCCUGACAGCGACAAGAGGGUGGUGAUCAGAUUGCCCAACCUCCAUGUUGACUCUGUGGUUUCUUUGGAAGAGAUUGAUAAGAAUCUGAAGUCCCUGGAGAGAUGCCAGUCUUUGGAGGAGCUUCAGCGCUUGUAUGAGGCUGGGGACUAUAGGGCCGUGGUUCAGCUGCUCCGCCCCACCUUGUGCCUCAGUGGGGACAGCAGGACGGAGCACUUGGACUUUGCCAUCUCCAUUCCAGAGAGGCCAGCUCAACUUCUCUUGCUACAGGAUUCCCUCCUUCGGCUGAAGGACUACCAGCAGUGCUUGGAAUGCUCCGAAGUGGCCUUGAACGAAGCUUUCCAGCAGAUGAUCAAUAUGACAGCCGCCUCGGCCAAGGAGGAGUGGGUGGCCACUGUGACCCAGCUGCUCCAGGGUAUCAGUCACUCCCUCUCCACAGACAGCAGCAGCCUGAGUGAAGCUUCUCCCCUGCUGAGUCUCACCCGAUUAAGUCACAACCUCAUCCAGAUUAUCGAUUGCAGCAUGGCAGUCCAGGAGGAACCCAAAGAGCCAUUUGUGUCCUCGGUGCUUCCCUGGAUUAUUCUUCAUCGGAUCGUUCAGCAUGAAGAAGAAAAUGCCCAGCCCCUUUGCUACCAACACGAGGAGCAGCUGCAGAAUCCACAGGAAGGAGGUGCAUCAGACACGCCUAUGCUGCCUUCUUCCCUUAUGCUGCUGAACACAGCCCAUGAAUACCUUGGAAGGAGAUCCUGGUGCUGCAACUCAGAUGGAGCUCUGCUUAAAUUUUAUGUGCGGGUUCUGCAAAAAGAGCUUUUAGCCUCCACCUCUGAAGACACCCACCCUUAUAAAGAGGAGCUAGAGACGGCCCUGGAGCAGUGUUUUUAUUGCCUGUAUGGCUUCCCAAGCAAAAAGAGCAAAGCUCGGUACUUGGAAGAGCAUUCUACCCAGCAG